AUGGAGUAUGGACAUGAUGUGGCUUUGGACGAGCUGUGUCCAGUGUGCGGAGAUAAAGUCUCCGGUUACCACUACGGUCUGCUCACCUGUGAAAGCUGCAAGGGUUUUUUCAAAAGAACAGUUCAAAACAACAAGAAGUACAUCUGCGCAGAAAACCAGGAGUGCACAAUUGAUAUAACUCAAAGGAAACGCUGUCCAUUCUGCAGAUUUCAAAAGUGUCUUCAUGUUGGCAUGCAACUGGAAGCUGUUCGUGCAGAUCGGAUGCGAGGUGGCAGAAACAAGUUUGGCCCCAUGUACAAGCAGGAUCGUGCCCUGAAGCAGCAGAGAAAGGCUCUGGUGCAAGCAAUGGGACUCAGAACAGACCGCAGCCCACCUCUGGGCUACUCAGACUUGACCCUUCACAGCAGCCCACUGCCCCCAGCAAAGAAUGAUCCUAUCAGCUACCAGCCUCCGUCACUGUGUUCACUCUCACUGUCAUCCAACUCUCCUGCUGCCCCCCAGUACCAGUGUGCUGUCUUCUCAAACUGGACUAGGAAGUCCGAGCACAGCAGCAACUGUUCCCCAGGCUCUGCUACAACAGUCAGCUCAGACCCAGGACCUUUCUCUCCACAUGGCCCCAGGAUGCCUGAGCUAGUGAUGGAGUUUGUGCGAUGUGAUCCAGAUGAGCUCCAGCUGCAGAGUAAGAUCAGUGCUGGUCUCCUGCGGGAGCAGCCAGCCAACCCCAGCACCUUCAGCCUGCUGUGCCUCAUGGCUGACCACACGCUGCUCUCCAUUGUAGAGUGGGCUCGCACAUCCAUCUUCUUCAAACAACUUAAGGUGAAUGACCAGAUGAAGUUGCUGCACAGCUGCUGGAGUGAACUGCUGCUGCUGGACUUCAUCUCCAGACAGGUUCUGUUUGGCAGAGAGGGCCACCUGCUCCUGGUCACUGGGCAGGAGAUGGAGCUGUCCGACGUAGCCUCUCAUGCUGGUCUUAGCGUGGCCAGCCUAGUCCAGAGAGGACAGGAGCUGGUUGAGAAGCUCCACUUUCUAAAGGUGGACCGCCAAGAGUUUGCCUGCAUCAAGUUCCUUGUGCUCUUUAACCCAGAUGUGAAACAGCUGGAAGACCAUCAGUUCAUAGAGAGCGUGCAGGAGCAGGUUGAAGGAGCCCUGCUGGAGUACACUCUGUGCACCUCUCCUUACCUUCUUGGACGCUUUGCUCAUCUUCUGCUGUGUUUCUCUGAGCUGCGCUCUCUCAGCGCCCUGGCUGAAGACUACCUGUCCUGCAAACACCUGAGUGGGGAGGUGCCCUGCAACAACCUGCUCACUGAGAUGCUCCACGCCAAGCGCAGCUGUGCAUGAACACUCCGCGGCUCCGGGACUGUCUGCACAUGUUAGCAUAUGGAUGCAUUGAGCUGUGAUGUAUGUCCAAUACAAUGAGAUUAUCUUUGAUAUUAGUCUGUGCUUUAAAACUAAAAUAUUGUAAAUGGGAAAAUGGGACUACUAAGGCGCUAAAACAAGCAAUCUGUCAGUUUGACAAAUAUGCUUGUUUGCCAUUAAACCCAGGAUCUGAUGAUAAACAGUAUAGCAAUUUAAUCUCUUUUCAUUUUGUACAGAGAUGAUGGGUGUGGGUGU